AAAAUAAGCAUGGUGCUGACAUUGACGUAAAUUCGGUUCUGUAGAAUUUAGUGUCUCCUCGUCAAGCUGUUUGCAGUUGUGUUCAACUGUUUAAUAUUUUCUUGUUAAUAAGCGUUAGUCAAUUACUAAAUCGUAAAUGGAAGAUCCCAGCACUCAGCAAGAAGAGAGCCAGUUCGUCGUUGAUGAUGUCAGUGCCGCAAUCAAAGAAGCUAUUGAAUCUGUCAUUGGAGGGAACACCUACUUACAUAACAAAGUCAACCAAUGGUCAUCUUCCAUAAUGGAUGCUUGCUUGCAGUCUUUGGUCAAAUUGCAAAAACCCUUCAAAUAUAUUGUGACAUGCGUGGUCGUACAGAAGAAUGGAGCUGGCGUUCACACUAGCAGCUCGUGUUUCUGGGACAACUCAACUGAUGGAAGCUGCACUGUACGCUGGGAAAACAAAACCAUGUACUGCAUCGUAUCUGUCUUUGGUUUGGCCAUUUAGUGCGUAGAUAAAAAAAAUAAUAAUAAUAUGCUUAAAGGAAAGAUCAUACACGUCCUAUAAUUUUUGCUUUCAUGAA